AUGAUGCAUACAAUUCUUUCUUCAUUGCUUUUAUCAUUCAUUGUUUUCUCUUUGUCGCAGUCUCCUACUUUUGCUAUAAAAAAGUCUUAUAUAGUGUACUUAGGAGGACAUACUCACGGUCUAAAUCCGACAACUGCCGAUCUAGAUUACGCCACGAAUUCUCACUACGAAUUGUUGGCUACAUCUGUAGGAAGUACUGAAUUAGCUAGAGAGAAAAUAUUUUACUCGUACACUCGAAACAUCAAUGGCUUUGCUGCUAUCUUGGACGACAAGGAAGCUUCAGAAAUUGCAAAACAUCCGAAUGUCGUGUCGGUUUUCUUGAACAAAGGACGAAAAUUGCAUACAACACAUUCAUGGGAUUUUCUCAGAUUAGAGAGGGAUGGUUUGGUCCCAGUUGAUUCACUUUGGAACAGAUCGAAUUUUGGUGCCGACGUAAUUAUUGGAAACCUUGAUACAGGUGUUUGGCCGGAAUCGAAGAGUUUUAGUGAUGAAGGGUAUGGACCGAUACCAUCAAGGUGGCGAGGAUCGUGUUCCCGUGAUGUUGGUGGAGUUGUUUGCAAUAGGAAGUUGAUUGGAGUGAAGUUCUUCAAUAAAGGGUAUUCGGCUUUCAUUGGUGAUGCACUCAAUGACACGUUCAAGACCGUACGUGACCACCAGGGACACGGUUCACACACCCUCUCAACAGCCGGUGGCAACUUUGUUCCCGGAGCUAGUAUAUUUGGUCACGCCAAUGGAACUGCGAAAGGAGGAUCCCCAAGAGCUCGUGUUGCAGCUUACAAAGUAUGCUGGCCACCUCUCGUAGGUGGCAAUGAGUGUUUUGAUGCAGACAUCAUCGCUGCUUUUGAUGCUGCAAUAAGUGAUGGUGUUGACGUGCUUUCUGUGUCGUUGGGUGGUAAUCCAUCUGAAUUUUUUGAAGAUGGGAUCUCGAUUGGAGCUUUUCAUGCCGUUAAGAAAGGCAUUUCUGUUGUUUCAUCAGCUGGAAAUUCCGGACCAGAUCCAGGAACUGUAUCAAAUGUGUCACCGUGGAUGUUCACUGUUGGCGCUAGCACACUCGAUAGAGAGUUCGUAAGUUAUGUCCAACUAGGCAACAACAAGCAACUCAAGGGAGCAAGUUUGUCUUCCGUAGCAAUGCCAUCCCGGACUUUCUAUCCGUUGAUCAGUGGUGACAAGGCCAAAGCAGCCGAUGCAUUAGCAGAAGACGCCAUCCUAUGUCAGCCCGAAACAAUUGAUCCCAAAAAAACUAAAGGGAAAAUUUUAGUAUGUGUUCGAGGAAUCAGCGGGAGAGCAGACAAGGGAAAACAAGCUCUACUUGCCGGUGCGGUCGGGAUGAUACUUGUAAACGACAGGAAAAGCGGAAAUGAAGUCAUAGCAGACCCUCACUUGCUCCCUGCCACACACAUAAAUUUCACUGAUGGUAAUACUUUGUUUGCAUAUAUCAACUUUACCAGGAACCCCACAGCAUAUAUUAGUCCUGUGGAGACAAAAUUCGGUUUAAAGCCUGCUCCAGUUAUGGCUGCUUUCUCUUCUAGGGGACCUAGUUUAAUCGAGCCAUCGAUCCUCAAGCCUGAUAUAACUGCACCAGGAGUGAGUGUCCUUGCUGCUUUCACUGAAUUAGUUGGUCCGACCGAAGAUGAAUCUGAUAAACGUAGGACGCCAUUCUGUUUACAAUCCGGAACUUCAAUGUCAUGUCCCCAUGUUUCCGGUAUUGUCGGUCUCCUCAAGAGCCUACAUCCUGAUUGGAGUCCAGCAGCUAUAAGAUCCGCAAUCAUGACGACUGCAAGAAUACAAGAUGACACUGGGAAUCCAAUGCUCGAUUCGAGCAACAAGAGAGCAACCCCAUUUGCUUACGGCUCAGGACAUGUUAGACUGAACCGUGCAAUGGAUCCCGGUCUUGUUUACGACAUAACAGUUAACGAUUACUUUAACUUCUUGUGUGCCCGUGGCUACAACCAAAGCCUUUUAAGUCUAUUUUCGGACAAGCCAUAUGCAUGUCCGAAGUCAUAUGGUGUAAUGGACUUAAACUAUCCUUCCAUUUCGGUUUCUCAACUCAAUGGCUCAAUGACGGUUAGCAGGACAGUUAAGAACGUUGGUUCAGCAAGGUCAACAUAUAAAGCCCGUGUUAGAUCGCCGGCUGGAGUUACUGUUUCGGUUAAACCAUCGACAUUGAAGUUCGAGAAGAUCGGUGAAGAGAAGAAAUUUGAAGUAAAAUUCGAGUUGAAUAAGAGCAAUGCAAAAUCUGAGGAUUAUGUUUUCGGGGAGUUGCUUUGGUCUGAUGGUAGUCACCAUGUGAGGAGUCCUAUAGUGGUGAAGUAUACGUAAAGUUUUUUUUGUUUAUUUUUAGGGUUGGAGGAUGAAAUUGAACAUUUUUAUUAUUAGCAUUCCAUUCUUUGGAAA